CAUAUAUUACGGACAUUGUCGGCGGACGGUGCAUGUUGUGUAAACACAGCAGUUUUGAGGUAGAAAAGUAAGGAUGCAAAUAAGUUCAACAGUUACCAUAGCAACGCAACCUCUACCCUCACGACUCCAUGAUGCAAGAUCCUGUGCAGGUGGAGAACUCCUUCCAGCAGAAUUCCGAUCAGGAACAAUUGCUUGAUUCAAGAGAACUACAGUUGGAGAAAGGAAUUAAUCCUACCAUUGGCGCUCAUGUUUCAUUACAAAGUACAGGUUCUGGCAGAGUAGAACACAUCACCUAUACAAGACGCUGGUACAUCCUAGCCAUCUUUGCGCUCCUGAACUUGGUUCAGUGUGUUGGCUGGAACACAUGGGGACCUAUAGCAGACACAAGCAAGUUGGUUUUCAACUGGACUGAUGGCGACAUCGCCCUGCUGACAAACUGGGGCCCAAUAACCUAUGUUCUGACUGGACUCCUCUUUUCUUGGGUUUUAGACACAAAAGGUUUGAGAGUCUCAGUUGUCAUUGCUGCAGUUCUGCUUUUCCUUGGCCUUGGUAUACGAUGCUUACCUGUAGGCAUCAACAACACUAAAUGGACAGCAAACGUGGGUCAAAUAUUCAUUGGAAUUGCCAGUCCAGUUCUCAAUGGUGCUCCAACUAUCCUCUCAGCUGCUUGGUUCCCUCCUCAUCAACGGACAACUGCUACCGCUGUGUCUACAACCUUCAUCUAUUUGGGUUUUGCAGUCUCGUUUCUGAUUGGUCCACAAAUCGUGACUGAUAUUGGAACAGCCAAUGGGACAAACAUUGAUCCAGGUAACAAGAGUGACGGUUUGUUUGACUGCGAGACGUCCCUCGAUCCAGGAGUCCGACAACACCACUUCAAUCAGAUUAUGCUUCUCAUAUAUAUUGAGUGCGGUUUAGGGGCCAUCUUAGCCUUGUGUACCCUGGUGUACUACCCAGCUAAGCCUUCCACGCCACCCAGUGCCUCAGCAGCAACGUCCAGAGAAAGCUUCAAGAAAGGAGCUUUUCAUCUGGCAAAAAAUCGUCAGUUCUGGCUGAUAAGUCUUGCCUAUAGCAUCAGUACAGGAGUGUACAGUUCAUGGAGUACUCAGCUAGACACGCUUUUUCAACACACAGAUGGUGUCAAUCAGGACACGGUUGGAUGGAUUGGUUUCUAUGCUAACAUUGCAGGAUGCCUUGCAGGCCUGUUCUUUGCAAGGUUUGUGGAUCAUUUUGGCGGCAUCAUGAAGCGAGUCCUACUGCUAUUGGCCGUUUUUGCCACUUGCUCCAGUCUUUGGUGCUUGCUGUUGUCCAUGAAGUAUAUCCCAUUCCAUAUAGCGUUCCUAUAUGUUUCCUGCAUAUCAUUAGGCUUCUUCAUUUCUGGUACCGUUCCCAUCUACUUUGAGAUUACUGUGGAGGGCAUGUACCCAAUAGCUGAAGGAAUCACUACGAUGGCGUUAACGCUGAUGAAUAACAUGAUGGGGCUUGUGUUCCUUGUACCUCCUCUCUUCCCUGGAAUAGGUGUGACCUGGAUGAACUGGGUAGUAUUAGCAUCAGCAAGCCUGCCGAUAGUCAUGCUGUUGUUGUAUCGAGAGCGCUACAAUCGCUUGAAACGAGACGAGGAAGAUACAUGCAGUGUGAAUGCAGACAUACAAGGUACUUGAUCCUCGUGUGCUCAUUUUAGUCAUUAUAAAUCAAACACAAAUAAUUGACGUGAAACAUUUGGAUCACCAUGAAUUAUUAUUAUUUGUCUUGGGACCAUUGCUUCAAUUUUGAAUAAAAACAGGUGCGCCAAAUUAUAUCACAUAUUUGAGUAUUGGAAAAAUUCCUUCAAAUGUCUGAAUAAUAGUUUCGGAUUUUAACAUUUAAAAACAAUGUUGACGAUUUUAUAUAUAUUUUUAUAAUUCUAUUAAUUGAAUGGUUUUAUUAUUUGUCAAGUGGUGCAAUUCUCAACAGCAGAUCUUGACCAGUGUACAUUUCAAAUAUUCAAAUCCAAGUUUGAAUAACCAAAUACGAAAAUGUUAGAAAAUGCACAAUUGCACAGCACUUACGUUACUUGAUUGUAUUUAGGGCUGGUUUAUAGGCAGGUGAAAUUUAGCAGGGUAGGAUCAAUUAUAUUUUUGUCGUUCAUCUUCAGUAGCUAGGACCAAAUUGUAUUUGCGGGAUAGCAGGGUAUGAAGAAUUUAUUCCAAAUAAACUUGUUACUUCGUUGUUUGGUAAUUUAGUAAGGGUACUUCGUACUUUUGUAAUUCUAUGUUGGAUUAUAUGGUGCAAGUUAAGUGAUGUAUAGUGUACAUGAAUGAUCACAGUACUAUUUGCGCAAUUCUGUAACUCAAUAAUUUGCUUUUGAAAUGAUAAAUAUUGAACUAACACAAAUAUACCAGUUUCUUAAAAAAAGCCAGAGCAUAAACGUGACUAAAUGAUGGAAAGAUUGCAGUUCUGUAUUACAAAUGUACAAACGAAAAUUAACGAAUGCCUUAUGAAUUGUAGAAUAAGCAAUUUGACUUUCAUGGUUUUUUGAAAGUUUAACAUUACUUUGCUUAUUUCUGUUUAUGUUUAAAAUAUACUUCCGAACAUGUAUACUUGAAUUUAACUUAUUGAAUGUAAAUGAUUGACAAGUGACUUUAAAUUUAACAAAUGACAUAUUUUAUAUUGGUUUAAUGAGUUUUCCUACACAACUAUUUUACGUAUUUUUUUAUAAUUUAUUCAUGACUUGCCAUGCAGAUUUAAUAGUGAAAAUAUUUCUUUUUCUAAGAACACAUUUGUUUUUAACACUAACUGGUUCUUGUGCUAUGUUAUUAAAAAAUUAGUAAACAUGAUUUUUUAUUUACCAUCUCGUUAAAAAAUAUUUCACGGGCAAGAUUGGUUGACAGGGUUACAUAGGUUGUACAAUCUAGAGAAUAACGCACAGGUAUGUGAAAGUUUCUAGUUUAUACAAUGCAUAUAUUUAUCAUGGAUGCUAUAUUAUUUUACUUGUGAAUUUAUUUUGCAAAAUCACUAAAUUUUGCUAUUGUGAACUGUAAGUUAUGUUCAACAAUCUUCAUUGCAUAGUUUCGCAACAACAAACAUUGCAAAUUGUUCCUCUUCAAAACGGUUCUAUACCUCAAUAUUUUUUUUUUUUAAAUCGGACAAAAGAUAAUAGAGGGGAUUAUUGACUAAAUAUUUCCUACGUCUUUCAUAAAAAUACCCUGGGCAUUUGUAAGUUGUUAUUUUGCAAUACAUGCAUAUGGAUUCCUAAGCCAGUACAACAUUGAAUAAUAAUCACUAUAGAGGUUCGGUUAUAUGCUCUCAUGAUUGUGUAUAUUCAUCUUACAAGGUUACAAGCGAAGUCUUUUGCAAUUAUUCCUCUAAUCACCUAAAAAGGUGACAAACUAGGAAAUAUGUACAUUUUAAUGAACUUAAAUCCACCAUAAGGAAAUGAAUAUAAUGUAUGAAAAUAUAUCUUAAAAGGAAUGAGAUGAAGUGUUAUGCGUAAGUAUACUAUUUACUAAUCAAGCUAAUUGAAAUGUAAAAAUAAAUAGUUAUAUAAGCUAUUCUCGACAUUGUUUAAAAAUCAGUAAGUUAAGCACUUAACUAAUACGCAUUUGAAAAUAAGUUUUAAGUAAAUAUAGAAAGUAGGUGAGCAUAAGUAGUGAAAAAAGUUUAUUAUUAAAUAAUAUUUUUGCGAAAUCACAUUUGUUAAAUUGUGAGCUCGAUUUGAAAGUAAUAAACAUAUUUUGUCACAAUGAAAUUACAGCUGAAA